CACAAUACUGCACAGUACUCCAAGCGUGCGAGCGGAUGCGAAUGGAAAUGCUAUAACGGGAACUGAUAGCAUAGCUGUUUUAUUGAGGCUUCAAAAGUUGGAUCUAAAGCCUACGAGUACGAACAAUCAAAAUGGCAUUUUGGUGCUGUAGAAAGAGGGGACGAAUGGCAAGUUUGUGGUUAAAACUACUUGCAGCGUCCAUAAUAUUUGUGAGCAUAUAUUUCUUGGCCGGAGUUGGUCUCCGCGGUGAGAGAAAAUAUGAUAUUGUCAGAAGUUUUAUGUCUUUCGAACGAAGCAGUGAAGAUAAAAGGAAAUAUAUCAGUAACUUACUCAAAUUGCGUGGACCAUGGUUGGAUGCGAGUAGAAGUAACACCACAGGAUCUGGAUGCGUUCAUCCAAAUUUACCGCUCUGGACUGACCAACUUAAGAACUAUUUCAAACCGUGCGUUCCCGUGAAAUGUUCUGACGAUGUGAACUGGGUUUAUACAGAUAGUGGACGGUUUUAUAUUUCUUCGCAAGCCGAAAAAGUUGUAGGGAAAAUUGAAUGCGAGUUAACGCCGAUAGUAAACGAUGAAGACAACACUAAAUAUCUGGAAACAAUUAAAGAUGUUAAAAACGGAUCUGGUCUUGUAACGGAUACAUUUAAAUCCUCGUGUACAUCCUCAAGUGGAAAAAGUUACACAAAUAUUCAUGUCGGCAUUGCUGGAAGAAGCAAAACGAACGAACAACAGAAGCCCCCAAAUGCAAAAUACAAUGUAUUUAUGUACGGUUUCGAUUCAAUGUCGAGGAACAUGGUGAAACGAUUUUUACCUAAAACCCACGAAUUCUUUGUUAACGAGUUGGGAGGUCACAUUCUUAAUGAAUAUAACAUCGUUGGAGACGGUACCCCUCAAGCGUUAAUGCCGAUCUUGACCGGAAGAAAGGAGACGGAAAUCCCCGAAGUGCGACGAGGGCACACGAAUGCUAAGCCGAUUGAUGAAAUAUUGGAAUUCGUUUGGAAACGGUUCGAGAAACGAGGAUAUGUGACACAGUGGGGUGAGGAUAUGUCCUAUAUAGGGACAUUUACAUACAGAAUGCUUGGAUUUAAAGAACAGCCUGUUCACCAUUAUAUGAGACCAUAUCAAGUAGAAAUUGAAAAGCUUAAUAACAAGCGACAUUGUCACGGGAACAAGGGAACGCACACAGUUUUUCUUGAUUGGUUGAUGGAAUCGCUGAGAACUAACUUAGGCCUUCCGAUAUUUUCGUUUGGAUUCUUUUCGGAUUACACUCAUGAUGGAAGCGAGUGUGUGGGUCUAAUAGACGAUGGUAACGUGGCGAUGUUUAAAUACAUGAAAUCAUUAAAUCUCUUCAAGAACACGUUCAUAAUAUUGAUGAGUGAUCAUGGUGCAAGGUUCGGAGCGCUGAGACAAACCGAGCAAGGAAAGCUGGAGGAACGUAUGCCUUACUUCGGUAUAUUUGUUCCACCCGAUUUUCGAAAAGACCAUCCGAACAAGUACACCAAUUUUCUUGAAAGUGUUGAUCGCUUGACCACUCCUUUUGAUAUUUACGAGACACUUUUGGACAUUCUUGAAGAGACGAACACGUUUGAGCCAACCGACAGGAAAUCCUAUUCCCUCUUUUCCAAGAUCCCCAAACAGCGAAGCUGUUCUGAUGCUGGCAUCGAACCACACUGGUGUGCUUGCCUUAAUUGGCAAAACGUAUCCACGUCUGACAGCAUCGUGGCUGCACUCGCUGAACAUAUUGUUGAGUCAUUCAACAAGAUGCUUGCUAACUUCUCUCAUCUCUGCCACAAGCUUAAACUUCAACAGGUUAUUACGGCAGUUCAGUUGAUAUCCAAUGAUCAUGUAUUGAAAUUCAAACAAAGUAAGGACAAUGACGGGCGUAUUGCUGAUUUUUCUGAUAAUACAAAAUCGGAAUUACAGUAUUUCCAACUGAAAUUUGAAACGAUGCCUGGUGAAGGACGUUUCGAGGCUACCGUGUCAAUUGAUGUGAAGACUGGAAAAAUAUUUGUAGGAAAAUAUGAUAUCAGCAGAAUAAAUAAAUAUAACGACGCUCCGAAAUGCAUUGCUGACAAACAUCCUGAGGUACGGCCGUAUUGUGUUUGCAUUUAGUUUUGCAUAAAUGUAACGUUUUGCAACAUAUCAAAUACCAUGUAUUGCAAAAAGUAAACGUCGCUAUAAUCACCUACAAUCUAUCUGGGCAUAUUUGAGUGUGCUAUCGACUUAUCUUUUCAUGUGUUAAAGGGUCCUUUUCACAGAUUUAGGAAGAUAUUGAAGUUUGCAAUUAAAUGCUUUAUAUUAACAAAUGUAAACAUUGGAUCUAAGAAGCUCCAUUAAAAAAACACAAGAAUAAGAUAAAGAAAGUAAAAGAGUAACCCUCAACUGGAUCGAACCACUGACCUCUGGAGUAAAACUCUAACACUUGGACCACUCGGCCAUGCUUAUACAAUGAGUGAUGUAUUUUAUACUUUAUAAAAGCAAUCCUCGUAGUGUCACAAAACAUAACGCUUUAUAAUUUUCAGGUUUUUGAAUCGUCAAAAGAUGCAGAUAAUGGAUAUUUAUGAGCAUGGUAAAUGUUCAGUAUUACUGUUUCCUCAUAAAUAUCACAACUACAACGAAAAUUUGAGAACCUGAAACACUUUUUAUUUUUAUUUUGUCAAUUUAUCAAAACGUGAAAAAGCCCCUUUAAAUCAGCGUUGAUAAUGUCUGAAGAGUUUUUUCUGAUAACAUUUUGCAGAUUGAGAGUGUUCGCUUUUUUAACUUAUGCAGCGUUUUGGAUAAACUAGUGUCUAGCAAAACAUCGUAGAUUUAAGCCACACACCUUGCCUCUGACUUUGAAAUGAAAUACAUGUUAAUCAAUACAUAUAGAUGCAGUUUGAAAGUGUGCAAAAUUGUCAUUAAAAUUAUAGCCUAGUUGGCAAGUAAUUUAUUAUUUUUCAAACGGUACCGCUUUUAAAACCGAAGGUAGGAUUUCUAGACGUACUCGUCCAUUUCGACAAACGCGAUUAUUUUCAAGUUUUAAAGCGCAAAAAGACCGAUUUAUACCUUGUAACCACCAGAUAUAUUCUAAUUGGCAUAGAUAACAUAUGUUUCUUAUUUAUACUUAAAUUUACAAUGCCAAAUAAGGUGUGUGGCUUUAUCUUAUAGAUGAACAUGUUGGUUAUUUACACUCAGGCUUGAUAUUUCUGUUUCAGAUAAGGUCAUAAAGUUCGUUUCUUUUUUAUAUGUUGGUAGUGUUUGCAUUGAGAGAAUUACGUUAAUGUUAAGAUUUGAGUAUAUAUUAAUAAAUGUAUUUUUAUAAGACCACUGCAAAAGUUGUCAGCCUAGAAAGGAAUUAUGAUAAUGGCAAUACUUUUAUUUAGUGAAAUGUAAAUAAAUUGACAUGUAAUAGACAUUUAUAGCAUAAGCAUUAUUUUUGCAUAUAUAUGUAAAUCAACAGUAUACAUUUGUGUGAAUUCGUUUUAUUUUUCUAUGUACUUACGGGCGUAAGCUGAUGCGUCAAUGUCUUUUAAAUUGUUUAUGUAAUCGUUUUGCAUUAGUUCUUUUUGGUUGUUAUGAAUUAAAUACUAUUUUUGUA